AUGACUAGAACUCUACUGACUGGCGGCUCUGGGUUUGUUGCCGGGCACGUUAUCGACGUUCUCUUGCAGCGCGGUCACUCCAUCGUGGCCACUGUCCGCUCUCAGGAGAAGGCGCAGGCCAUUCGGGCGGCGCACCCAAGUACUCCUUCGGAGAAGCUCGGCUUUGUUGUUAUCCCUGACAUAGCUGCAAGUGGAGCUUUCCAAGGCCUGGGAUCGUACGGCUUGGAAGCUGUGAUCCAUGUUGCUAGUCCAGUGCGGGAGAAGCUGCCUGAAGAGGGUCAUUGGGGGGGCACCCCCAAUCCGAACCUCCAAUCCUUCGGUUACGACGUAUCCAGAGCUGAAGAGAUCCUGGGACUGAAAUGGACGCCCUAUGAAAAGACGGUAGUGGAUUCGGUCAAGUCUCUGACUAUGAAGCAAUGA